ACCAGUUUAGACGGGUGUGCUCAACGUCAGUGUGAAUUUUGGAAUUUUUAAAGUAUUUUCUCUGUGUUGAAACGCAUUUGUAUUUUUUUAUCGUUUUUUAAAAAUAUAUUUUCACAUAUAUAUUUACAGUAAAAAUAGCUUUGCGAGUGUUUGCAAUUUUUAAUUAGUGAACGAAACAAAUUUUAAAAAUGAGUUAAAUUUUUUUUGUUUGUCUUUUUAUAGUAAAUUCUCUUUUUUUUGUUCCGGAAGUGUUCUAAAUUUUUUAAAUCGCGAUCGUUUAAAUUUUUGGAAAAAGUAUUUUGAAAAUAUGUGUUUGAAAUUAUUUUAAUCGCGUGUGUGUAAAAGUGUGUCUACAGCAGAUCUAAUCGUCCCAAAUAUAUGAUACACAUCAUUUGCAGACUAAGAAAAAUCAUGUGGGACGUCAUACGGAUAGCAUUUGUCCUUGAACUCUGUUUGCUAAUUUUAGCAAUAACCACAAGUGAGGGUGCGAAGACAAAAUUAAAAAAUAUCAAGAAACUCUCAAAGGAAGUGAAAGAAAUUAAAGAAGUUGAUAUUUGUGAUUUACAAAAACUUGAAGCACCAUUUUUCUGCUAUUGCAAUGGUGUUGGUGUAAAAAAUGUAACUGACACAAAUUGUUUGAUAUUUGAUAAAUUUGAAGAAGUCAAUCCACUUUGGAAUCAUUUUGAAUCGCAAAUUUUCACUGAAAAAUUAACAUUUAAAGUUCGAUUGCCAAAUGGAAAUUUAACUUAUAUUCCAACACAAGUACUUAAACAACUUAAACACGUUCAUAUUUUAAUUAUAGAAUAUGCAAAAAUUCAUAAAUUACAAGAAAAUGUAUUCUCUAAUUAUACGGCAAUGAAUGAAAUAAGUCUAAUGAGAAAUUCAAUUACAAGUCUCGCCGAAUAUGCUUUUAAUAAUAUGAAAAAUUUAAUAUUCAUCAAUUUGGACGAAAAUCAAAUCACUGAAAUUCGAAGACUAUCGUUCGUGAAUUUGCCAUCGUUAAAAAAAUUGAUGAUAAAUAAAAAUAAUAUAACAACAAUUUAUGCACAAGCAUUUUCAUAUUUAAAUACACUUCAAGAAUUGGAAUUAAAUGGCAAUCAAAUUAGUGUUAUAACACGCGAUAUGUUCAAUGGUUUACGUAGUUUACAAAAGCUUGACUUACGUAAUAAUUUAGUGCAUAUGAUUGGUGAGGAGAGCUUUAUGGAAAUGCCUGAAUUACAAGAACUUCAACUCGAUCAAAAUAUGAUUGAAUAUAUAUCACAAAAAGCAUUGGCCGGUAUGAGAAAUUUAAAGGUAUUGAAACUAAGUGAAAAUAAACUCGCUGCACUUGAUCCAGACUUUCUCAGUCAAGCACCUGGCGUCAACUUUCUUGAUCUCAGGGACAAUCUUCUCAAGACGAUGACAUUCGAUAAUGUCAAGCCAAUUGUCACCAAUCUCUACAAUAACAUCAGUUACUUCUAUCUUAAUGGAAACAAACUGAUUUGCGACUGUAAGCUCCAGUGGAUUUGGGGUCUAAGGAAUGAGACGAGGAACAUCAAGCUAAGGGAAAACUUGGAAGAACUCACUUGCUUCCUCGAGAGCAAGAACGCGUCUGUUAAGUCUGUUAAGGAUGCUGAGAGGAAUAGUGCUUUGGCAAUUGCACGCAAUCCAGAUGAAUAUAUGUUUGACAAUUUGAAGGAGGGAAAUAGAGGUACUAACGAUUACUUGGAUGAUGCAACCAACUAUGACGACUCUUAUGAAGAUGAAGAAAAGGAAGUUCAAAAGUCACCAACGAAGAUGGAGAUCAUAGACGGAAAAGUGGGUUACAUGAAGGAACUUUUCCAAUUGAAACCUGAGGAUCUCCCAUGUCCUGAGCCCUCCAGGGAGGAUCUAAUGGCAUCCGAGCAACCAUCAAGUCGCCACGCGAACGCCGCCGUCGGCUCAGCAGGUAUAUUUUUCUUCUCCUCGGGGAAGAUACACUAUGUCAGUCAAUCCGUUCUCGCGUUAUCCUUCCUCGUUGCUUCUCGAUUUUUCACGUAGAAAAUAGAAUCUUUAACCAUCAUCAGGUUCAUAUAAUAAAAUACGAGAAGAGUGUUCAACGAUUAUUGAAAAAAUAGAGCAGCUUAUAUCAACAGAAAAAAAACACAUUUUUCUGAAAUUUUAUUAUUAAAAGCUGCUUGCAUCAAUUUCCAAAAAAAAAAAAACAUUUCAAUAAUUAUUCUAAUUUCCAAUAAAGAGAUGAGAAUUAAAACACAAAAAAAAGAAAGAGGAAAACCAAACAAACUCACGAAUUUUAAUUUCGUCAGAAAGUUGAAUAAGAGUUUUUUUUUGUGUUUCUUGUUUUUUUUUUUUUUUUUUUUUAUUCCUAAGACUUAAGAUUUUCUCAAGAUCUCUCGAAUGAAAAGACUAUAUACAUAUAGCGAAACUAAAGGACUUUUCAAAGAAAAAACAUUUUUAGAAUUUUUCUCAAGAAUUUUUCCACUUUGUUAGUUAGGCAUUUGUAUAAUUAUUAUUAUUACUGUGUAAUUUAUAUAAGGUACCUGUCGUCAAAAAAAAAAAAAAAUGCUUCUUUUUUAACUCGUUUGUAAUUUAAAAAAAAAAUACUUUUUCGACGUACGACAAAAGAAAAAAAAAAAGUUAAGCGAUAGUUUACUAUAAUAGAGACGAAUGCACAAAAUGAAAAAAUAUUACACAUAAAAUGAAAAAAAAAAAAAUAAUAAAAAACCAUCACAAGAUAUCUAGGGAAGUAAAUUGAAGAAUAUAGAAGACGGAAAUUGAACUGAAAAUUGACGAUUUUCAAACAGGCAAAAAAUAAAAAUUGACGAACAUAAAAAUAUCUAUAUUAUUUUUUUUUAUUGAAAAAAUAUAUUUGACAAUUAACAAUCUCAACUAAUUAAUUAUCGAUUGAAAUGUAAAUCGACUACGAUCAAAUUCAUUUAAAAUUUAAUAAAAUUAAUAAGUAAUUUUUUUCUUUAAAUUAAUAUCUAAUUUAAAAUAAUUUAAUUUUUUCUAAAUUAAUAUUUAAUUUAAAAUAGUUUAAUUUUUAAUAUUUAAUUAUUAUAUGUAAAAAUAAUUUAUUUUAUGCUCUUUGCGUUUUCGUCAAUAAAAUUGUAAUAUAUAAAUAUAUAUGUAUACAUAAAAGGAUGUGAAAUUUUUCAUUUUGUGCACGAUGAAAUAGAAUAAAAAAAAAGGAACUGAACGUCUUUUAAAACAAAAAAAAAAGCGGGGGCUUAGUCAAUUUUUCACUAUUGAAAUGGAGUGUAGUACUAUUCGCUCGAGAAUCAGCGGGAUCGUUCCUGGAUGAAGGUUUUCCCACUUUGUUCCAUGUAAUGUAUUUAAUGAACUAUAUUGUAAAUGUUAUGGCUCAUUACGACGCGACGUCACGUCAGACAAUCCAGGGAAUUAAAAAAAAAAAAAAAAAAGAAAAAAAAAAGUCGAAGAUGAAUUUAGCGUACGUUAACGAUGUUAAACUAUUAAAUAUUAAAUUAAAAAAAAA